ACAUUUCUCGCCGUCUCUGCUGGUUAGGGACACCGCCGACUCGGAGAUCUCUUCUCAGUUAAGUUUAUCGACCACGGACGUCACUGCAUUUAUUUAAGUAAGUAAAUAGCUGUUUUCAAUUUGUUUUUUUGUUUUUCUUACUUUUGUCUGUGCGAUAGUUGCAGAUUUUCCGUUUGGAGACGCAAGAACGGACCAGACAUUGUUGCAGUAUUGUUAGUCAUAGGAAACUAUUGUUAGACUGUGUCACGGACGGCAGGUGAAUUCUUUAUUUUUUUUACAACUCAUUCUUAACUAAACUUGAUUGAUCCUCAACUGAUCGUUGAGGUUCUGUCGCUCAAAAUGGUAGCAGACUCUGCCACUGUUCCAUCAGAACAUCAGGUUACUAACAUCGGAACAGAGGGAUCUACAUUGGGAAUAACAAGGGAAACAAAUGAGAAUAAUUGCUCAAUUUUUUAUUUUGCGUAAACAAAUGGGGGGGAAAAAAGUCUCAAAUACUUGAAAAUACAUGCAGUACCUGUACAUUCAAGUAGCAGUUGGAGGUUUAAAUGCAGUACAAAGAUGAACCAACCACGAAUAUUCGCGUGUUAAACUAAAAAAAAAAAAAAAAAAUCGAUACACUACUGUAGAAUAUCUGAUACGAUAUCGUGAAACGAAAUAUUGCGAUAUUUCAGUGUGUUGAUAUUUUCUUACUCUUUUACUUGGCAGAUACAGAAUCUGGUCAGAUAUAUAUAUAUUUUUUAUUAGGUAACUUUGCAGUGACAACAUUACAACCCCCCUUUUUUAUUUUAUUUUUUAACACUACAGUACAUUUCGUACACAGCGUUUCUUCACUUGUUGAGUUUUUCUUCACAGUUCGGUAAAAAAAACAAAAACAAAAAACUCUGGUCUGAAAAAUCACAGUCCUCCAAAAGCCUUAGGAAGAAACGAGGCUUUCUGUAUUUGCACUAAAAAGUACACAGGAGCGACACCAACAGGUUAUGAAUGCCAUGAAUAAAAGUGGAUCCAUUCAAAUCCGGUAAGAACACGGACUCCGUUUGUGAGCAGUUUUUCAGGAACUUUUCUGCCAUCUGUGUUUUUUUUGUUUUUUUUUCAUAAAUAAUAAAAAAACGUGAUUUUUCUAGGACGAUAAAUAAACGUGGAAAUAAAUGUGUAUAUAUUUAUGUAGUCUCAUCAUGAACACGUCAGAGUUUUUGCAGCUGAUAGUUUUUAAACCUUCGCGGGUUUUUACAUCAAUGCUGUAAAAAGUGGGAAAUGUUGUGUAUUUUUACUACUAAGAGUGUAGACAUUUACUUUGAUUAAAGUCUGACGACGGCCACCGCUUUUCACUGAGUUUUAAUUAUUAUUUAUUGUUUCCGGAAAUCACGUUUUGCACAAACUAGCUUCAUGGUUGACUUCCUUUAGCAUAAAGAUUACAAUACACGAAGGACCCGAAACUUAAAAAACAAAUUGUUUUGUGCUUGAAUUUAGGUUUUAAUUUUUAAAGGUUAAAUAUAGAAUUUAAAAAAACCUUACAAAACUAAAAUGUAUUAUUUUAAGAACGUAGACUUUCGCCGUUACGUCACACCCGGUACCGUUCUGUUCCAGUUCGGCUAAUGGUUAUCGAAAUUAAAAUGCGUAUUUUAUUUAAUUAAUUAAACAAGAGAACAACACAAGUCAAGGGAGUCGUUAAAUACUUUUUUUUUUUAAUUUUACAAACAUUUUUUAAAACGUCCAAAGGCCGUGCAGUCCCGAACAAACUCUUUUUCACGGAGCGGACACAACUACUUUACCCAGAAUCCUCCGCUCUAUCCGGGCACGUUCACCGUCAUGGCGGCGUCUGUUAAAAACACGGUUAGCGCUCCGGACGAGUCGAGCAGCAGCAGCGAAGAUGAUGAAGCCGUGCGCAGGUGUCGGGAGGCUGUGUGGAAGCAGAGUCCAGCCGCAGGACAGAAAGACGAUGGCGCCAGUGCGAAGGAGUCCAAACGUAUUGUUGUCAAAGUCCAUGAACACGACGGCAAUGAGCUCCAAGUUAGCCAAGGGUUUCGGACACACGUCGCUAAAAAGCUGGGACAUCUACUGGACAGCUACAUUUCCGAGACUCAAACUGAAACUUUAGCCAACGAGGAACCAGGAAAAUGUGAUCGUUUCGACAACGAAGGAUUUCGUCUCUUUUCUACGUCAGUCCCAGGGCGACAGGCGGAGGAGGUGGAGCCUCCUGCUGUCAGACGUCGACCGCUGCCCAGCUCAAGUGACAGCGACAGUGAAAUGGAAAUGAGGCUAAAAGAGGCCGCGGUGUCGAUCCGAGACUUGAUACCCUCCCUGACGGUACCCUCUUCACCCUCGCCUUCCUCACCCGUGGGAAAAGUAAAAGGAAAGACAGAUGCGGAGAAGGAGGAAGAAGUCGUCCAUUCUGUCAAGAAAAAGAAAAGGACAAAAAGGCGACGGACUCAGGAGGACGCAGUUCCGGAUGAGUGUGAUGGUUCUACUCUGGCUGCUCAGAACACCGGUGAGAAAGGAGAACAGGAAAACACGAACGCCGGAGUAAAACAGAAGAAGAAGAAGCGGGAAGAAAACGAUUGAACUCAUUAAAAACUAAAUUUCUUCUCACAAAACUUCAGGAUUUUACAUCUUUGUUCCGUCAUUCUCCGCACGUUUAAAGCAAACGCAGGAGUUUUGUUCGCAAACACGUCAGGCAGUAAAUAAAAAAAAAUGGAAGCGUA